AGCCAGCGGGAUCCUGCAGCGGCGCCCCGUCCGGCCGGUCUUUUCUUUUUUUUCUUUCUUUUUUUUUUUUAAUACCGCGGAGUGUCCUCCCCUGCCCGGUCCCCCGUCCGCUCCCGCGCAGCGCGAGCCUCUUCCUGCCCCGCAGGUCCGGCCCCGCGCGGCGAAGCCCCGGCCGAAUCGGCGAUGCGCCUCAUUCAGAACAUGUGCACCAUCGCCGAGUACCCCGCCCCGGGCAGCGUGGCCGCCGCCGACUGCUGCCUGGGAGCGGCGAGCCGCCGCCUGGUCAAGAUCGCCGUGGUGGGCGCCAGUGGCGUGGGCAAGACCGCUCUGGUGGUCCGGUUCCUCACCAAACGAUUCAUUGGCGACUACGAAAGAAAUGCAGGUAAUCUCUAUACCAGACAGGUCCAAAUAGAAGGUGAAACCCUGGCUAUUCAGGUUCAGGACACUCCAGGUAUUCAGGUCCAUGAGAACGGCCUGAGCUGCACCGAACAGCUGAAUAGGUGCAUCCGCUGGGCAGACGCCGUGGUGAUCGUCUUCUCCGUCACCGACUACAAGAGCUACGAACUCACUGGCCAGCUCCACCAGCACGUGCAGCAGCUGCACCUGGGCACCCGACUGCCCGUGGUGGUCGUGGCCAACAAGGCCGACCUGCUGCACAUCAAGCAGGUGGACCCUCAGCUCGGACUACAGCUGGCCAGCAUGCUGGGCUGCUCCUUCUACGAGGUGUCCGUCAGCGAGAACGACAACGACGUCUACAACGCUUUCCACGUGCUGUGCAAAGAAGUGAGUCACAGACAGCAGCCCAGCAGCACGCCGGAGAAGCGACGAACCUCCCUCAUCCCCAGGCCCAAGUCCCCCAACAUGCAGGACCUGAAGAGGAGGUUCAAGCAGGCCCUCUCUGCCAAAGUCAGGACUGUCACCUCUGUCUGAAGCGGAGGCGGCUCAAGGUUUGGUCUUGCCGGGAGGAGGCCCGAGGUUCUGCAGGAACGUUGGCUGCUGGCAGUUAUUCGUGGUUCCAGAGAGGGCUGGAGCGGAGGGGCCCGGAGGGCCCUCGGAACUGCUGCAGGAAAGGAAGCAUUGUCCUGAGCAGGGGCACAGAACUCAUGCGGUUUGAACGAGCCCACUGAGCCACCCUCUGAACGUGUGAACUGUCCUCUGUGUCUUUUCCUCUGGAGUGGGGAGGGGGCCUGAGCGCUUGGGAUUUUGUUAACUACCUUGUAAAUGACAGUCAGUUGUAGUUUCACCCAGUAUAUUGAUGUGAUUUACGUCGGGAAUGAGAGAAUGGAUUAAGCAUUCACAGGUUUUCCUUGUUUUUUUCAAGAAGAAAAACUUUCUUUUCCUUUCCCCCCCACCUCCUCCCAAGAGGAAGAAUUGCUUUUCUUUUACAAGUGUGUGUGUCUCUGGAAUACUCUUCCUUAUAGAAUGCCCUUCUAACCUGAAGGAUACCCAGAUUUCUUUUUUUUAAAGAACAAGCAGAAAAUACUACCCCACCCUACUAUAAAGGGUGGAGUUUAUGGGCCGAAUGUUAUAUAUACAGCCAUGUGUAAACUUAUGGGCCUGCAGGAAGGGGCUGCUUCCCCCCGACAUGGGAUGAGUAUGCUGAGUUGGGUACGUGUUGUGGUUGAGAACACAAACUCUUCAGCCCCAGACUUUGAGUAAUUGUGAGACUGUAUGAUUUUUCUUUUAAUCGUUGCAUCAGGUACAGAAAAACAAAACAUGUCCAUUUAUUUUGGUGUGAUUUGUAUAAACACAGCAAUGACGCUGGGUUGUUUCUGGACCUGGCCGAGUUGUGGCUUAACUACGGAAACACUAUCUUACAGCGAGUAAACAGAUGCAGGGGUGACUGCCAAAUCCCCUACACAGAUGCACUUUAAAAAGCCACUCAUGCUUUGGCUUAAACUGUAAUUAAUUUAUUUUAUGUACAAUAAAGCUCAUUUUGAAAGAGUA